UCUCUCGGACGCGCUAAUCACCUGCUCCUUAACCUUAAUGCCGUGCUGGGCUCAAAGUUAUGAGCCGGAAUGAGUACCCUUAGGCCUGACCCACCAAACUCUAACCUCCUCCUAGCAAGCCUACUCACCGAGGUUGGCGGCCCGCAUAAACUACGGGGCCCGUUUCGAGCCCAAUGAGCCCAGUCAGUAUCCCCGUUAAAACCCUAUACCUAUACCUCGCGCCGUCAUCGGCGCGUCUCUUCCGUCCCGCCGGCGCUGGCUCGCCACCUCCUCGACGCGUGGGCCCACCUGCGCUUGCUCCCCGUUGUUCCUCGCUGGGAGCAGCCCACCGGGCCAGGGGCGCGCCGGCGCCGCCUCCAAUCCUCCAUUCGGCGCACCCCACUCCGGCGCCUCCCUCCUUGAUUGGCUCCGGUGGUCGGUGGUUCUAGGCGGGCAGGAUGUUCUCGCUGAGCCUGAUUGAGCAUGACCUGCCGAUGCCGCCGCACCUGCUGAGCCGCCCCCUCCUCGACGCCAUCAAGGCCGAGCUCGAGAGGCUCUUCCUGGAUAAGGUUAUCGCGAACCUUGGGCUGUGCGUGUCUGUCUAUGAUAUCCGAUCCGUUGAAGGCGGGUCCAUCCAUGCGGGAGAAGGCUGCUCGACCUAUAGAGUUUCAUUUCGUUUGCUGAUGUUCAAGCCCUUUAAUGGGGAAGUUCUUGUUGGGAGAAUUAGUGGAUAUGAUGAUAAGGGGUUGCAGGUUUCACUUGAUUUCUUCGAUGACAUAUGCAUCCCUGGACAUUUGAUGCAGUUUGGCACAGAGAGGGGACCAGAUGGUAGGUGGAUGCUGAAGACUGAAGAUAAUGAUGAGCUAUAUCUAGAUCUAGAUGAUGAGAUAAGGUUCUUGGUAUCUAGCACAAAGUACCUGCCUAUCCCAAUUGAGCAAAAGGAGGGUGAUCCACCAUUUGCUCCAAUGCAGAUCGUUGGAAGUAUUAAAGGAGAUGGUCUUGGUCUUCUUGCUUGGUGGGCAGCUGACGAAGAGGGGGAGGAGGCGGCAGAGCAAUAGUAUAGUGUUGCUUCAGGGAUCUCUUUGUGUAGUUUACAAUCUCAUCCUACUAGCAUGUUAGGUAACUGUAUCUAGUAGCAGUAACAUGAUACUUAGGGAUCUUACCUGGUUUUACAUGUUAUGUAUUCUUUGAGUUAGGCACUUAGGCGUGUUGAAUCUCUUCUGGCACUCCCAGUUGUUACUGCUGCUGCGACCUAUUGCCGUCGAUGUCUUAAAAAACCACCAAAGAAAAGUAGGUCAGAUUCUUGGAAGAUAUUAUGUAUGUAUGUAUGUAAUACCCUGAAAUUUUCUGAAUAUUUAUGUCAGAUGUAUAAUCUUAUAAUAUGGAGAAUUCUCCCUGCAA